ACUAUCAAAACGAACGGGUCUUUUUCGAAGUGCAGACGUCAAAUCGUUAGCUAGCUCGGCCAGCAGCAGCAAAGGCAGUGUAGUGUAGAGGGAUCGCACAGAAACUGCACAUACGACGACGGAAAUCACUAUCAAAGAACGGAAAAGUGGAACCUACGUUCUGUUCAAGUUCCGAUUCUCGUUGCGUUCAGUCGAAAAAACGGUGCUGUUCGGUUUGUUAUUUGCGGAUUUCCUGGAAUUUUGUCGCAAAGUUAGUUUUUUCUCCUGCCAAAUCCCGGAAUAUUUUCGUCGGAACAAGUGUGUUGAGAAAAACGCAGCAGCAGUCAUUGUUAGUGUGCACCAGAAAGUGAUGUAAAAUACGGGCUGCGAGCAUGGAUGAGCGGGAAGGAAGCGGAAUGUGAGAAGGCAAAAAGUUUCUUCGGGUUUGUGUAUGUGUGCACAUACGUUUUUGAUUAAUCAAAACCAAUAAUAUUUGUGAAAUUCCUAGUCGGAAGCAAAAAAAUCGGAGUGACCGACAUCAGCUCAAGUUGGUGGUGAUUUUGUGGAGCCCGAAGAGCCAGAUUAGAUAAGCGAAGGUUAGAUAGUGGUUGGGCUGCUCAUUGUUUCUGGAAGGCGAACCACGGCAGAAGCCCCUUACGGGACGACUCAACUUUUAAACGGGGAGCUGGAGUCGACGGAAGAUAAAAUUUUGCAUCAUCAGAGCCAGCUCCAGCAGCAGGCGGACGGUGGAGUUGGACGGGGUGGAAGUGGCAACAGCAGCAGCAACAGGAGGGAAGCCCGCAAGACGAAACCAGGUGCUUCCUGAAAAAUGCCUCCACCGCCACCGCCGCCGGGGCCUCCUCCGCCACCGGGUCCACCGCCGCCGCCGGCGAUGAAACUCGGUGGUGGAAUGCCUGCGGGGGACGGGCGGAAUGCGCUGCUGCAGUCCAUCCAGAAGGGUACCAAACUGAAGAAAACGGUCACCGUAGACAAAAGUGCACCAGUUAUCCCGGGCAAGGUGACAUCCAAUGCAACGGUCAACAAUCGUAGCCCGGCGGUCCCCUCUGCAGGAGCCGGCGACAGCAAUGGCGGAGGCGUCGGAGGACCGAAACUGGGUGGAAUCUUCGAAGGUCUUUCAUCAAUGCCGAAACUCAAACCGGUCGGCAGUAGAGGCGCACAAUCACCAGCAGGAACAAUUAGCAAUAAGUCACCAUCGCCGGAGAACACGAUCAAAAGCAACAACCGGUUAGGUGGGGGAGGGGGAGGAAUGGACUUUGCCGAUGAACUGGCGGCCAAACUAACGCUCAAGAAGCAGAAACACACUAGCAAUAGUAGCAAUGCCAACAGUAGUAGCAACAAUGCCAUUAUCAACAACAACAGCAACAACCACCAACCGGUGACGGAAAAUAAUCUAAGGACGAACCGAGGUCCUCCACCGCAGCCCCCGGUGCAGCUGAAGAACACCAAUGAAUCAUCGGUACCCCACGGGAAAUCGAGUUAUUCGAGUCAAAAAAGCCAAGCGCCCUCAACCCCGAGUCAAUCGCAGGCAUCACCCUCCAAUGGAGCAGCGUUAUCGGUCACUAGUCCCGCCGGAAGCAACAGCAAUCACUUGCAGCCAAACAAAUCGACGCUGUUCGGUGGAGGAGGUAGCGGAAUAAGCAGCAGCAGCGCAAACUCGUCUGCCUCUGGUAGUCCGGUGCCUCCUGCGGUUCCCACCAGCAAACCGGUGCCAAACCAUGGUAAACCAAACCUGGCUCCGAAACCGCCAGGAAUACAGCUUAAUACCAGCGGGAACGGGAAUGGCACCAAUCGGAACAUGGUCGGUAGGCAUCACAGCAUGAGGAGUCCCAGGUCUCCUCCAGUGGCAACAGGUGGUCCACACUUCCCAGUGAAUCACUUCGGAACGUUACGAGGUCCUCCGUCGAGCUUUCAGUCAUCGGAAUCGAUUUCCAGGCAGAACAAUCUAAUAGGACGACCAGCGGCACCACCACCGAAGCCGCCGGUGAUGAAACCUCCGCCUCCCCCGCCUGUUCGAAGCGUAUCAAACACCAAUCUAACGCAUUUACCCAUGAGCUUGGCGCCGGAAGCGCCCGAACCGAACUUUGGUUCCGCUAACAACGUGGCCAGUGCCGUUGCGGAUGAACUCAAGUCUAAGCUAGUCAACAGCGGUUCGGCGAAUAAUGUCGCGACGCUUACCACUUCCACCACCUCUUCCAACUCGAUUAAUUCUACCAGCCAGCUCAGUAUUGCCAGCACGAAAACGAUCAACAGUGGCAGCAUCAAGACCACGGCGGCGCCACCAUUGCCACCACAUCGAACCUGCCCGGCACCCCCUCCGCCUCAACUCAACACAAGCACCAACAGCACUGGCAGUGGUGAAGCACCACCACAACCACCGCAGCGGAUUUCCUCCAUUCGACAGCAGCAACUACAGCAACAACAACUUUCAGCAAGCGCCAAUAGCAGCGCUAACAGCAGCAGUCAACAGUCAAACUCAAAUUUAAAACGAAAGGAAACCAUGAGUGCCACCGCAGGUGAAACGGAGCGACGGAAGUUGGCCACGCCCCUACAGGAGAUCGAUCUAGAGGCAAAGUAUUCGUUCUACUUCCGGAAGGUGACGGAAUUUUCGGCACCGAUCCCGUUUCUCAAUGUGGCCAAAAUUUACCCAAGUGCGAUGCGGUCACAGCAGCAGCAACAUCCGCAGCACCAGCAUCAAUAGUGUGAUAGUAUAAGCAGCUGCGAUGCGCACUGCUGCCACUGGCUGGCGGCAGCAUGGGUUUUUGUGGCAAUCCAUCGUUAUUAGUGCUCCUACGAGAUGCGGGAGAAUUAGUGUGUCAAUCUAAACCCCUUCUUCUGCAUGAUAGGCUCAAGUUUAGCCAAAACGCAUCGCUCAACUAAUUCCUGCGCUGCAACGCAAAACAGAAAUUAAAUAACCAGAUCUAGCAAACAAAUAAAUAUUAUAUUCAAAAAAUACUACAUGAUGAUCAUAUCAAAGUUUACAGCAAACUUACUAGGCAAAGAAACAAGCAACUACAAACAGUGUACUAAUCGUCUACCAACCGUGUAAUAACCGAACACUGUCUUCGGACCUCUCGUGAAAGUUAAAAAGAAAAACAUCUGUAAAUAUGAGUUGCUUUAGGACACCAAUUAUUAAUCUUAUGAAUGGUUCUGACUUUUUCUGUAGGCGAAACAUAAAUAAAAAACAAACAGAAACAUAUUUAGGGCAACACUUUUAGCCCCGUUGUAGCGAAACAAAAUAUAACAAAAAGUGCAUGAACUAGGGUUAAUUAAACAAGAACAGAAGAAAGGCAACAAAACAAUAAUUACACAAUUUAGGGAGUUCUAUUAACAAACAAAAAACUGCAGAUAAUGUUGACAACACUCUUUCAAAGUGAGUAUCGCAACGCGAACGGGAAGAAAGUCUUUAAAAAUCGUUACUCGUAAAGAAAUAUUCUUUAUUAAUUUUAUUGUUAUCUUGUACAUAUUAUGCAUAUUUAAUCCUUCUACUAUUAACUGAAUCAUGAAGAUUUUAAACUAAUUCGAAGGCCGGAAAGAAGGAAAGCAAAAUGUAUUGUACACUAAAAAAAAAACCUUAACUUUA